AUGGCCACCGAUACCGGCUCUCGUCCUUGCUGCAGUAGCCACACGAGCGAUGACAACAAUACCAAUGGAGUCACAGUUGCAGCUAAUGGCAAUCAUGAAGGCUUCACCGCAGUUCAGACCCGCCAAAACCCUCACCCACACGUCUCAAGAAAUCCGUAUGGCCACAAUGCUGGUGUGACGGAUUUCCUUAGCAAUGUCUCCAGAUUCAAGAUCAUUGAGAGUACUCUAAGAGAGGGAGAGCAGUUUGCCAAUGCCUUCUUCGACACCGAGAAGAAAAUCGAAAUUGCGAAGGCCCUGGACGAUUUUGGUGUAGACUAUAUUGAACUCACCUCGCCCUGUGCCUCCGAGCAGUCGAGAAAGGACUGUGAAGCUAUCUGCAAGCUUGGAUUGAAGGCAAAGAUCCUCACCCACAUCAGAUGUCACAUGGACGAUGCCCGGAUAGCGGUCGAAACUGGUGUCGAUGGAGUUGACGUCGUUAUUGGCACCUCGUCCUACCUCCGUGAGCACUCUCACGGCAAGGACAUGACCUAUAUCAAGAAUACCGCCAUCGAGGUCAUCAACUUUGUCAAAUCCAAGGGCAUAGAAGUCCGCUUCUCCAGUGAAGACUCUUUCCGAUCAGACCUGGUUGACCUCCUCUCCAUCUACUCUGCCGUUGACCAGGUAGGUGUCAACCGCGUUGGUAUCGCUGAUACUGUUGGCUGUGCCUCCCCGCGCCAGGUGUACGAGCUCGUCCGUGUGCUCCGUGGUGUUGUCAAGUGUGACAUUGAGAUCCAUCUGCAUAACGAUACAGGAUGUGCGAUUGCCAACGCAUACUGUGCCCUUGAGGGAGGCGCCACGCACAUUGAUACUUCCGUUCUAGGUAUCGGUGAGCGAAACGGCAUCACUCCGCUUGGUGGGCUGAUGGCCCGUAUGAUCGCCGCGGACCGCGACUACGUGCUCAGCAAGUACAAGCUCGACAAGAUCAAGGAUAUCGAAGACCUUGUUGCCGAAGCCGUACAGGUUAACAUCCCCUUCAACAAUCCUAUCACUGGCUUCUGUGCUUUCACGCACAAGGCCGGCAUCCACGCCAAGGCCAUUCUCAACAACCCCAGCACCUACGAGAUCAUUAACCCAGCCGACUUUGGCAUGACACGUUAUGUGCACUUUGCCUCUCGCCUCACAGGCUGGAACGCCAUCAAAUCUCGAGCUCAGCAGCUCAAUCUUGACAUGACUGAUGCACAGUACAAGGAGUGCACAGCCAAGAUCAAGGCUCUUGCCGACAUCCGACCCAUCGCUGUUGAUGAUGCGGACAGUAUCAUCCGCGCAUACCACCGAAACAUCAAGCUCGGUGAGGACAAGCCACUUCUCGACCUAACCGAAGAACAGACGGCAGAGUUCGCAGCGAAGCAGAAGGAGAUGGCAGAGAACGGUGUCGAGGUUUCAGCAUAA